AUGGAAAAACCCGAGGCCGUUAACGUCGAGUCAGUCAGUGAGCAGGGCGGUGUCCUGCACAAGAUUGGCAGCGACGAGAUGUGGACGCAAACCGCCCUCACUGCUGUCGCGCGAGACUACGACCAUGAGGAGAAAGCGAUGCCGGUGAUGCAGGCAAUCCGCCACUACAAAAAAGCCAUCUUCUGGAGUCUGAUCAUCUCUAUGUGUGUUAUCAUGGAGGGCUUCGACACCAAUCUCCUUGGAAACUUCUACGCCUAUCCUUCUUUCCAGAGAAGAUACGGUAAUCCUGUACCCGUCACACCACAGACACCCACAGGUUACUCCAUUCCUGCUUCCUGGCAGUCGGGAUUGGGUCAAGCAUCAGGUGUUGGUUCAAUUUUCGGUACUUUGAUCAACGGUUGGCUCGUCGCAGCCUUCGGGCCAAAGAAAGUUGUUCUUUGCACUCUUUGCGUUAUGACUUGCUUCCUGUUCAUCGUCUUUUUUGCACCCAAUAAGGAAGUUCUCUUGGUUGGUGAAAUAUUGCUCGGUUUUGAAUGGGGAAUUUUUGCGACCACUGCGCCCGCAUAUGCCUCGGAAGUCCUUCCUCUCCAGCUCCGUGUAUACUUCACAUCUUGGACCAACAUGUGCUUCAUCAUCGGACAAUUCAUCUCAGGUGGUGUACUUCGAGGGCUUGUCUCUCGACAGGAUCAAUGGGGUUAUCGCAUCCCCUUUGCCAUCCAGUGGUUCUGGCCCUCGUUCUUGAUCCCUCUCAUUUGUUUUGCACCCGAAUCCCCGUAUCACCUAGUUCGAAAGGGCAAAUUCGGUGAUGCUGAGAGGGCCCUUCGACGACUCCAGAGCCGCGCCAUGGACAGCAAGCGAACCCUCGCUCAGAUUGUGUUCACCGAUAACCUCGAGAAGAAGCUCUCAGUUGGCACCAGCUACAGAGACUGCUUCAGGGGAGUUGAACGCCGCCGCACUGAGAUUGCGAUGGUCGUCUUUGGUGGCCAGCUUGUCUGUGGUCUUUGCUUUGCUUACGCCAGUACCUACUUUUUCCAACAGGUCGGCCUGGAUACACAAGCGGCCUACUCCUUGGGUGUGGGAGCCAAUGGCCUGGCCCUAUUUGCUUGCUUCGCCAACUGGUUCUUGUUGAUGCCGUACUUUGGCCGCCGAACUGUCUAUGUUGUGGGCAUGGCUGCUAUGGCAAUCGAGCUUUGCCUGAUUAGUAUCCUCAAUGUGUGGACCGACAAACCAGCUGUUGCAUGGACGCAAGCCGUUUUGACUUUGGUCUGGACUUUCACUUUCCAGCUGUCUGCUGGUCAACUUGGAUGGGCACUGCCUGCUGAAAUCGGCUCAACUCGUCUCCGGCAAAAGACUGUCUGCCUGGCCCGCAAUGUUUCAAACAUCCUUGGCGUCAUCUGCGGUACCCUUGAAAAUUACUUCAUGAACCCUACAGCGUGGAAUCUCAAAGGCUACACAGGCUUUGUGUGGGGUGGAUGCGCGAUCCUCGUUUUUGUUUGGUCCUACUUCCGCCUCCCAGAAACCAAGGGAAGAACUUUUGACGAACUGGACACUCUCUUCGCUAAGCGGGUGCCUGCUCGUAAUUUCGCUAGCACGGAUGUUGACGCUUUCGAUGAGCAGGAGAACGACCAACUGGCUCUGCAAUACGCCAAGAAUUAA